AUGGGGCCUACUUAUGCUGCUGCAGUUGGCGCUGAAACUUCUGCCCCGGCUGCCGGUACGGCUGUUGCUGCAUCUCCCGCUGCUGGUGCUGCUGCUGCUGCUGCUUCUGCUGCUGCCGCCGCCGCUGCUGCUGCUGUUGCUGCCGCUGUUGGGCCAAGUCUUGUGGCUGGCUCUGCUGCUGCUGCUGCAAGUAAAUGCACUGAUGUGUCCGCUCAACAAGAGAACCCGAUUCAGUUACUCCCGUCUGCUAAAUUAUCGUCUCCCAAAAAGCUGCCAUCCGCUCAGGCUACCCCAGCCCCUGCUGCUGCUGCCCGAGCCCCUGCCCCUGCUCCUGCCUCUGCCCCUGCUGCUACUGCCCCAGACCCUGCCCUUGCGCGUGCCUCUGCCCCAGCUGCUGCUGCCCCAGACCCUGCCCUUGCUCUUGCCUCUGCCCCAGAUGCUACUGCCCCAGACCCUGCCCUUGCGCGUGCCUCUGCCCCAGCUGCUGCUGCCCCAGACCCUGCCCUUGCGCUUGCCUCUGCCUUUACUGCUACUGCCCCAGACCCUGCCCUUGCCCUUGCCUCUGCCCCAGCUGCUGCUGCCCCAGGCCCAGCCCUUGCCCCUGCCCCUGCCCCUGCUCCUGCCGAUGUUGCUCCGCCUGUUAUUGCUGCCACUGCUGCUCCUGCAUUCGCUGCCUUUCCAGCCCGAUCCUCCCGCCUCCUGCUGCCUGCUGCCCCUCUGCCCGGUUGCCACCCCCUCUGUCGCCUGCGCCGGUGCUGCUGCCAAUGCCUCAACGGGUACGAGCGUGGUGCUGAGGGGUAUGAGGGUGGUGCUGAAGGCUAUGAGUGUGGUUCUGAGGGCUAUGAGAGUGGUGCUGAGGGCUAUGAGGGUGAGGGUGGUUCUGAGGGCUAUGAGAGUGGUGCUGAGGGCUAUGAGGGUGGUGCUGAGGGCUACGAGAGUGGUGCUGAGGCCUAUGAGGGUGGUGCUGUGGGCUACGAGAGUGGUGCUGAGGGCUAUGAGGGUGGUGCUGUGGGCUACGAGGGUGGUGCUGAGGGUGGUGCUGAGGCCUAUGAGGGUGGUGCUGUGGGCUACGAGAGUGGUGCUGAGGGCUAUGAGGGUGGUGCUGUGGGCUACGAGGGUGGUGCUGAGGGUGGUGCUGAGGGCUAUGAGGGCGGUGCUGAGGGCUACGAGAGUGGUGCUGAGGCCUAUGAGGGUGGUGCUGUGGGCUACGAGGGUGGUUUUGAGGGCUACGAGAAGGGUGGUGCUGCGGGCUAUGAGGGUGCUGCUGCGGGCUAUGAGGGUGGUGCUGAGUGGUACGAGGAAGGUGCUGAGGGCUAUGAGGGUGGCACCGAGGGCUAUGAGAGUGGUGCUGAGGGCUAUGAGGGUGGUGCUGAGGGCUAUGAGAGUGGUGCUGAGGGGUACGAGCGUGGUGCUGAGGGGUAUGAGGGUGGUGCCGAGGGCUAUGAUGGUGGUGCUAAGGGCUAUGAGGGUGGUGCUGAGGGCUAUGAGGGUGGUGUUGAGGGGUACGAGGGUGGUGCUGAGGGGUACGAGGGUGGUGCUGAGGGGUACGAGCGUGGUGCUGAGGGCUAA